AUGACUAGCAGACUGAAGCGGAAGCUCGGCGAUGCUGGUGUAGAUUUGAGCAGUUCCCGGGUGAACGAGAACUUCUGUCUUAUUGGCACGCCCUUGCCUCCACUAGAGAAGUCAAAGGACACGGGCGAGUUUGUUCCCUUAUGGAAACAAGAGGUUCGAGAUGAGAAAGGGCGGCGAAGGCUGCACGGCGCGUUCACGGGCGGUUUCUCAGCUGGGUACUUCAACACGGUAGGAUCGAAGGAAGGAUGGACGCCCUCCACAUUCGUGUCGUCCCGCAAGGAUCGCGGCAAGGUCAAGGCGGCACGUCCCGAGGACUUCAUGGACGAGGAAGACAUGCAGGACCUGCGCGACAGCCGCAAGCUCGUCGACACCACAGAGCAGAUGGAUUUCACUGGCCGUGCGGACGAGCGACCUGACGAGGGAUCUGACUCGAUCGCCAGCGCCCUCGAACGAUCAAUGCUCCCACCCCCUACCGACUCCGCCGGUGCACGCAUCCUGAAGAAGAUGGGCUGGAAGCUUGGACAAGGUGUCGGCCCGCGUGUCUCCCUCCGCCAGCGCCGCAUCCAGGACAUGCAAGCGGCGUCCGGCCAUACCCUCGCAGCCGACGAUAUCGCUUUACCGGAUGACGGCGACGAAGAGGCGAGCAAGCACACGUACGCACCGAGAGAUACACCGGUACUGCUAGUCCCUCGGAAGGAUAACACGCACGGUCUGGGCUACCGUCCGGGGAUGGGAUUAGGCGAAAGCUCAGGCAGCGGGAAGGAACGCGCCGGGCCAAACAUCGCUGCCGGCUUCGGCCUCGGCGCCCUGAACGAAGCCGACGAGGACGACCUCGACAUCUACGACUCCGGCGCCCCCGCCGCCCGCCGCGGCGUCGCCUACGACAUCAUCGACCGCGAAGAAGAGGACGAGAUCUCCAUCUCGCGCAGAGGGCAGCCACGCGCGCAGCCCCAAGCCCAACAGGUGACCUCGAUACCCUCUUGGGGAACCGAUGCUCAUGCCUUGAAGAGAUCCAGCGCCUUCACGCAGACCUUCCGGGAUGGGCAGGUCGUGUUGCCGGGCUUCACGCUGUCGGAUAAACCGGUUGCGGAGGAUAGGUGGUUCGCUCUACCUGAUGUACCUCCUGGGUGGAAGCCUGACCCAAGACGAGUAUGGGGUGCGGGGAAGGAGAAUCAGCCCUCGCCGCCACAGCCGCAAGGCCCUAUGCCUCACGAGAAGUGGAGAACGUCGGGCAAGACAGCAGACGAGCGCGGAAACCUCUUGGGGGAGACGCCUCUACCUGCUGCCCCACGAUCCGUGUUCGACUUCAUCUCCCAGAAAGACAAGGAACGCCUACAGCGCAUCGCCGCUGGUCUCCACGACAAGCCCGAAGCCGCCGCCACCGAGGUCGUCUACCCUCGAAUCGAUCGCCACGUCGCUCAGUCCGCUCUCAAGGGCUACAAGCCGUUCGCCACCGACCCCGCGAAGCACGCGCGCUACACCGUUUACGUUGAGUCGCAGGCCGACCCCGAGCACACGCCGCAGCUGCAGCCACAACAGAACCAGUCAGUCGACGCGUUCAACAAGGAGCUGGCAGACUAUGCGAAGGCGGCGGAGAUGUUCAAGCCCAUGUCGGAGGCGAUGGCGGGGCGCUUCACAACAGCGGCGCACAUCGAACAACCGAACGCGAUGCCGGAGGGCCUGCUGAAGUUCCAAUCGGCGGGCACAGAGGAACAGGGCAAGCCCAAGGAGGAAGAGCCAUCUCCGAAGAAACCCACCGAGGAGGAGCUCAGCCCGAAAGCACAGGCAGCGCGGGUGGGCAUGUUCGGCCCGCUCACGCGCGAGGUGAAGCCCUGGCAGCCCGACCGACUCCUCUGCAAGCGCUUCGGCGUGGCGCAGCCCGAGCUGAAGGCGGACGACGCGGCAGCAGCAGCACCGAAGACGGCCGCGGACACGUACACAAAGACGGACCUCGAGGUUGCCGUCGCCGCGGAGCGCGCACAGGCUGAGCAGGAGCGCGCGGCGGCGGGGCACGGGCCACGCGACCUCGCGAACGUGGGCUUGGGGGAGGACGAGACGCAGGGGAGGGACACGCUGACGUACGAAAGGCCGGCGAUGGAUGUGUUUAAGGCGAUCUUUGCGAGCGACGAUGAGGAUGAGGGGGAGGAUGAGGAGGGUGGGGAAGGGAUGGAGGUGGACGAUCCGCCGCCGGUACCGACGCCUGCGAUCCCCGUCGUGGAGCCGCCAUCAGAACCAGCGAAACCUACGGUUCCUGAAGUUGUCAACAUGGCCACGUUCAAGCCGACGUUUGUGCCGCGGGCGAAGGAGAGCGGCGAGCACGGCAAGACUAAGAAGGACAAGAAGAAGAAAGAGAAGCGCGCGCUCGUAUCCUUCGCCGAGGAUGAGGAGGGUAGUCUCACGCUCGCCCCGCAAGCAAAGAAGCGGAAGGGGAAGGAUAAGGACAAGGAUAGGGACGGCCAGCGGGCGAAGAAGAAGCGAAAGGAGGAAGACGUGGAUGACGAUGCGAUGUGGGUGGAGAAGCCCGCACCGGAGGCGGCGAAGGCGCUCGAGCAGAUGCGGCCUGAAGGUGUCACCUCGAACGGGAAUGAUACCACACCCGAUCCACCCUCACGGGCGGGUCGGAAGAGAGCUAUCGACUUUCUAUAA